UUGAGAUGAGAUGUGUGAGAGAGAGAGAGAGAGAGGUCUGUUCUUCAAGUCAAGACACCAUCUUCUUUUCAUUUGAUUCAUCUUUUUCAAUUCAAGAAUAUACACACAAACUUCACUACAUUAGAUGAGUUGCUUUACUCUUUAAUGUGUGUAUGUAUGUAAUAAAAAAGAUAGAAAGAGAUGGGUAGAUAGAGAGAGAGAGAAGAGGAUUCAAUUCAAUUCAAUUAAUAUUCAUCCAUCUAGAAAAAAAAAAUUAUCUUAUCAUCAAUUCUCCAUACCCAAAUGAAUAAGCUCAUUGAUCCAUCACCAAUCAGCAGAAAAGGUUGAAGAUGAAGAUUGUGAAUUUGGGUUGAUCAAAGUGUGUGAAAAAUGGAUAAAAAUAACAAGAAAAUGAAUGAAGCAGCACCAACUGAAGAGUUAUUAAAAAAGAUUCAUGAUUUAGAACAAAGUCAAUCUCAUCUCAAAGAGGAAAUUUCUAAACUAAAGAUUUCCGAUGAAAAGCACAAAUCCGACAGGCAAAGGUCGAGUUCGGUAUCCCCCCGCCGCCCACGCCGGAGGACCAUGGGUGCCGGUGCUGGCGGGGCGUUUGAAGGCGGUUCUGUGGCCGCCUUCAAAAAGGGUUCAACGUCUUUUCGGCAUUCGUCUCCGUUGAGGAGAGAAACUCGCAGCGUUGAUGUUAGUUACAGCAAUGAUAACACUACCACCGCCACAAGUGGCGGUGCAGCCACCGUGGAGAGUGGUGGAGUUACCGGACCUUCUGCGGUGAAGCUGACCGAAACGCAGUAUUUGAAUAUAUUGCAGUCAAUGGGUCAGUCUGUGCAUAUAUUUGAUCUGCAAGGUCACAUAAUAUACUGGAAUCGAAUGGCUGAAAAUCUUUACGGUUACACGGCUGCUGAAGCUCUAACGAGAACGCCCAUUGAGCUUCUAGUCGAACCUAACGAUUACGCAUUAGCCGAUGAAAUCCUACAACAAUCAUCAAAGGGAGAAAGUUGGUCGGGUCAGUUUCCCGUUAGGAACAAAAGAGGGGAAAAGUUUGUUGUUAUUGCGACUCACACGCCGUUUCGUGAUGAAAACGGAAAGUUAAUCGGGGUUAUAUGUGUAUCAAGUGAUACGCGCCCGUUUAGGGAAAUGAAGCCCGUCGGGAACAUUAGUGCACCUAGAAGGAUCGCGUCAGCUAAACUCGGGCUUGAUCCUCAACAACCUCUACAAACCGCAAUUGCUUCAAAGAUUUCAGAUUUGGCUUCAAAAGUUAGCAACAAGGUCAAAUCAAAAAUGAAAACUGGAGAGAACUUCAUGCAUCACGACGGCAGGAGUGAAGACGGUCAUGAUUCCGAAACUGACGUUAACGCCCCUUAUCAUAAAGACGAUGGAUAUUCAAGUGGAGCGAGCACCCCACGUGGCGAUAUUCCUCAAUCACAAUUUACUACAAAACCAUCGACAGACUCUGGCGAUGAGAGUGAAACAAAGGUCGGUAUCCACAAGAUUCUAUCCUCAAAAGCCGAAGCGUGGAUGGGUAAAAAGGGGAUUACGUGGCCGUGGAAAGGAAACGAUAGAGAACGAGAUUCGAAAACGGGUCGGUUUGGUCUGCAUUGGUUGCAUAGUGAUCAAGAACAUGAUUCGGGUCAACAAACGAGUUCGUCGAAAGUGGAAAGUCAACCGUGGGAAAACAUGAAUAGGAAUGAGGCUACGGGGUCUUGGUCUUCGUUUAAUGUUAAUAGUACGAGCAGUGCUAGUAGUUGCGGCAGCACGAAUAGUAGCGCGAUUAAUAAAGUGGAUAUGGAUACCGAUAGCUUGGAUUAUGAAAUCUUGUGGGAAGAUCUAACAAUUGGAGAACAAAUUGGGCAAGGUUCAUGUGGGACGGUAUACCAUGCAAUGUGGUAUGGAUCGGAUGUUGCUGUCAAGGUUUUCUCGAGGCAAGAAUAUUCAGAGGACGUGAUAUUAUCGUUCAGACAGGAGGUAUCUCUCAUGAAACGACUUCGGCAUCCAAACAUUCUACUCUUCAUGGGUGCAGUUACUUCGCCUCAACGCCUAUGCAUCGUCACGGAGUUCCUUCCACGGGGAAGUUUGUUCCGGUUACUUCAAAGAAAUACAACUAAAUUAGAUUGGAGACGUCGAGUUCAUAUGGCCAUGGAUAUAGCUCGAGGCAUGAACUAUCUUCAUCAUUGUCACCCGCCCAUCAUCCAUCGUGAUUUAAAAUCUUCAAAUCUUCUUGUUGACAAGAAUUGGAAUGUGAAGGUUGGAGAUUUUGGUCUCUCGCGUAUCAAGCAUGAAACAUACCUUACAACAAAGACGGGGAAGGGAACGCCGCAAUGGAUGGCUCCGGAGGUUCUUCGGAAUGAACAGGCUGAUGAAAAGUCUGACGUGUACAGCUUCGGUGUGGUAUUAUGGGAACUCACCACCGAGAAGAUCCCUUGGGAUACUCUUAACUCGAUGCAGGUAAUUGGAGCUGUAGGGUUCAUGAAUCAACAACUAGAUAUUCCAAAAGACGUUGAUCCCCAAUGGGCUUCACUUAUCGAAAGCUGCUGCUGCAGUGAACCACAGUCCCGACCAACGUUCCAAGAAAUACUAGAUAAACUUAAAGAAUUGCAAAAAAAAUUCACCUUACAACUUCAGGCGUCGCGUACAGCCACCACCGCCGCCAGCACCGCCACAGCCACUGCCGUCGGAGAAAACAACAGCCCAAAGGAAUAACAGGAAACACAAGUGGAAAUGACUUGAGACCCUUUUUUUUCUCCUGCAAGGUAUAUUGCAUGUGUGUGGUGGGGCCCAUGUAUCGAUCCGAGUUGGUUGGUUUUUGUAUGCUGAUCUGGCAAUGUUGUGCACAGUCAUUGUCUGAUCAUUCGGACACUAUACGAUUACGCCAUUGUUUUGUGAUCCAAAAGGAACACUUCGCGAUUGUUUUGUAUAGAGUACAUGAAUUACUUGGUUUUUACUUUUAGAACUGUAAAAACAAGUUUAUGUAGAUUUGGAGUUUUAGGGUGACAUAUGUUCUUGGUUUGGUUCAGUUUUGCGGUUUUGUCGAGCCAAGUGACAGAUGCACUUGUUUUAAUCCGGACGAUAUUUAUGUUGUGAACUGUGAGAACUAUUUUAAGCAGUUGUAGGUUGUGCUACAAUAGCGAUUACUUUUAAAGAAAGAAAAAACAAAAA